GCAACUGUAAGCAUCCUUUAAGAAAACUUCAUUUACUGGUAUUUUCAGCUGCUGGCUGAUUGUGCUGGAGGCGGUUGACUGAAAUAGUGAUGUGCUGACUCCAAAAGAAGGCAAAACACCUACAGGAGACACAGAAAUAAACAGCGAGGAUGUCCAUGAUCAGUGCCCUGCCAUUCCUCAAACCGAUUCACUUCAGACCUCCGCGGAGCUUUCCUGGGCGCCAACGUCGACACACUCUUCCUGCCAGUGAGUUUCGGUGCCUCACACCUGAAGAUGCUGUUAGCGUGUUUGAAAUAGAGAGAGAAGCAUUUAUUUCAGUAUCAGGAGACUGCCCCCUCCACCUGGAUGAGAUUCGUCACUUUCUGAACCAGUGUCCGGAGCUGUCACUUGGUUGGUUUGAAGAAGGGCGACUAGUGGCUUUCAUUAUUGGUUCUCUCUGGGAUCAGGAAAGACUCAGCCAGGAUGCUCUAACUCUGCACAAGCCCCAUGGCUCCACAGUCCACAUCCAUGUUUUGGCAGUGCAUCGCACUUUCCGCCAACAAGGCAAAGGCUCUAUUUUGAUGUGGCGCUACCUACAGUACCUGUGCUGCCUGCCAUAUGUUCGGCGAGCUACACUGAUGUGUGAAGACUUCCUUAUCCCUUUCUAUUCUAAAUGUGGUUUCAAAGUGCGAGGCCCUUGUGUGGUCGCCGUAGGCUCACUGAACUUUAUUGAAAUGCAAUAUGCUAUUCAUGGGCACUCAUUCAUGCGCAGGAAUAGUGGCUGCUGAGGUCAUGUCUCAUUUUUCCCUACUUUUCAGCUUGUGGUAUUGGUGACAAGCUCCUUUCCAGUGACAUCCAAGUCUUCGACUGGAACCCACUGAGGUAUAAGGGGGAAUCCUGUUGUUGGGUCACUGAAUUGACUCUCCUAGGUACAACAUGGUACAAGGGCCUUCCGCAUCAUUGGCUGGUCAGGCAGGCUGGCUCAUACAAAAUAAAAGUUGCUGAGUCACUUCAUAAGAAGUGAUUGAUAUGUCAGUAACACAUGAUAUAGUCAACUUCUACCAUCACUGCUGUCAUUUCUACAACAAAGCAGAAAUCUAAGCCCUAGCCUUUUUGUCUUGUCUACUCCACUAUCUUUAAACAUAGUGAUUAAAGCUCAGACCAUCUUUCUUCUGUUUAGUGUAGUGAUUAGGAGCGCGGACUCUAAUCUGGGAGAAC